AUGUUCACCCCCUAUGUAUUCCGGGAGAUGUACUUGAGUAGAAGUUUAGACCUGGAAAAUGAUUUAGUGGUUCAUGUAGAAUUCCAACAGUGGAGAGAAAGAGUUUUUAUCUUAUCAAAUAUUUUACACAAAUUAUUUUUGUCUCUAUUUAUACAGCAAUUCGGGCUGCCGGUGCUACUCAUUUUGCUUCUCUUCGCCGACAAUUCGCUUGCAAAAAGGCGAAGGAGCGAUAUUUCGAACACUGAAGAGAAUGAGUACGAAGUUCAUCAUCACAAUUAUGAAGAGCAAACAAUAUCUACAUCUGGUAGUGAUUUAAAUGCACAAGAAUCUGGAAAGAUCGAGUAUAAGGUUCAUCCUGACUCAAAUACCAAUGUUCCACGCGGCAAACGUGGCUCACAAAAGUAUCGACAAACAGCUUUAAUUAAACCUGUAAACCGUCGCAAAAAGCAUGUUCUUCUAAAGUUGCAACCCAGACAUAAAAGGCCUGUACACAACCAGGUCUCCGAAAAUUUAAAGAAUUAUUCCAACGAACCCAGUGAGGAAGUAAAGGUAUAUCAUACCUUUGAAGAGACCCACGAACAUAUUGAGGAAAAAGAUGAAACUCCCAUUGAACAACAUGAACAAACAUCGGACAAUCAAACGGCUGAGUCUACAGAACAAUUGGAAAUUCAAGCCGAACAAAAAUUUAAUGACCCCAUAACAGAAGAAACUCAACAUUAUCAUUCGGAAGAAGAAAAGCAUAAGAAAAUUAAGAUAAAACAUCACCACCACCAUCAUCAUCACAAUCAUGUCAAAGAAAUCAUCAAGAAAAUACCAGAACCAUAUCCCGUAGAGAAGAUCGUUCACAUACCUGUAGAAAAGAUCAUUGAGAAGAUUGUACAUGUGCCAAAGCCCUAUCCCGUUGAGAAAAUAAUUAAAGUUCCAGUGGAAAAACUCAUACAUGUACCCAAACCAUAUGCAGUUGAAAAGAUUGUGGAGAAAAAGGUACCCUAUCCGGUGGAGAAAAUAGUUGAGAAAAUUAUAGAGAAGAAAGUACCAUAUCCAGUGGAAAAGAUUAUUCACGUGCCGGUUGAAAAAAUUGUCGAGAAAAUUGUUCAUAUUCCAAAGCCAUAUCCGGUUGAAAAAAUUGUAGAAAAGAUUGUACAUGUGCCGGUCGAAAAAAUUGUUGAGAAAAAGGUACCAUAUCCAGUGGAAAAAAGGGUACCAUAUCCUGUGGAAAAGAUAGUUCAUGUUCCAGUGGAGAAAAUUGUUGAGAAAAUAGUUCAUGUACCCAAGCCGUAUCCGGUGGAAAAGGUGGUAAAUCAAGUUGUUGCCGUACCAAGACCAUAUCCAGUGAUACAGCGUGUCCCUUAUCCCGUGGAAGUUAAGGUGCCUAUUCACGUUGAAAAGCCAGUUCCAUAUCCAGUGGAAAAGGUAGUACCAGCUCCAUAUAAAGUUGAAGUAGAAAAGAAAGUUCCAGUUUAUAUUCACACAAAAGAACCCUUCAAAUUCGAACGUGCGAAACAAGAUGACUCAAAUCAGAAACACAUCGACGAUGAUUUCAUAGAUCAUGAGCACAAGGGCUACGAGCACAGCCAUGCGGUUGAACAUUACAAUCAUCAUGCUCACGACUUAUCCGUUUUCCCAUCAAAUCACAAGCCCAGAAUAACCAGCCAUCAAAAAAAUGAACUCCAAAAACAGUCAUCUGCGAUUCGUGCGGAGUUGUUGCACCAACAAAUUCAUAAACAACAGCAAGAAAUCAAACAGUUGCAGCAUCAACAGCAGCAACAUCAACAACAGCAACAGUUGCAGCAUCAACAACAGCAACAGCUGCAGCAUCAACAGCAACACCAACAGCAGCAACAGCUGCAGCUACAACAGCAGUCGCAGCAACAACAAAACUCUUUAUCGGUUUCUCAAGAACCUUGCAUUCAAGAAAGCCGCAAUAUUGAGGUUUCCAUUCCGCCUAAAUCAAGUCCAAAAUUCCAAAUAAAUGUUGAGGAUAUUGAACCUGCCGCCAGCGAGACAGCAUCGGUGUCAGUGCCGUAUUCGGACAUGCAAACGCAAGCUUCGACCAAUUCUUAUCAAGUUGUGUCGCCUUUACAACCCAUUGCAUUGCCUCUUCACUUCUUUCAAUAUCAUCACAUGCCUUUCCAACAGCCUCUCGGUUUCUCUUUAGCUGCAUCUGGCAAUUAAUCAUCAUGAUGAAAGUUCAUUAUGAACUUCAUAAGUACGUUAAAGUUUUUAGUUUAAAAUGUUUACUUUGUGUUUAAGUUGUAGUAUUUAAGUGUAUGUAUUUGAAAUAGUGUAAUUUUUUGAUUUAAUAAUACAAUUGGCCUUAAAAAUACUCUAUAGAUGUGGGUAUAUUUUAAGAAAUUUAUAAUAAUAAAAAAAUUUUGUUAAUAUUUACAAGAAAAUCAAAAA